AUGAUAUGGAACAACCUCAUCCGGACAACAAUCUUUCCUUCCCUUAAUGGACCUGGAAUUAUGGGGAAUAUCCUAAUAUUUGUGAGACAUGCAUAUAUUUUGGUCAUGGGAACUGAGAGAAAACCCAUAGACCUCAUCCUCAUUCACCUGGCAUUUUCCAAUCUGGCACUGAUUUGUAACAUAGAAAUUGCAGAUAUGUCCACAGUAUUUCACUGGAGGAACUUACUAGGUGAGGCUGGUUGUAAAGUUGUGAUUUUCCUGGGAAGGCUGGCUCGAGGACUCUCCAUCUGCACCACCUCUCUCCUCAGCAUGGUCCAGGCUGUCACCAUCAACCCCAGGAUGACCCCGUGGAGAAAACUCAAACCACAGACUGCAGGGCAGGUUCUUCCCUAUCUCCUCCUCUUCUGGAUCUUUAACUCUCUGAUAAGCUCCAACAUGGUGUACUCUAUCACAGCGGUCACUAAUGUGAACACAUCUGGAGUUCACAUGUAUGGUGGGUACUGCUAUAUGGCUCCAUCCAGCCUAAUAGUGAAGUGGUUUUUCAUCUGUCUCAUGGCUCUUCGUGAUGCCAUAUUUCAGAUUCUCAUGGGCUGGAGCAGUGCCUCCAUGGCUCUCCAUCUGUAUAAACAUCACAAACGUGUCCUCUACCUUCAUAGCUCCAAGUGUGCAAAUAAUUCCAGCCCAGAAAUCAGAGCCACACAGAGCACUCUCAUUCUCAUGGCCUGUUUCCUAUUCUUUUAUUGGGUAGAUUUCAUUUUCUCAUUCUACUUAGGUUCCAUACUUACAUAUGAUUCCAUACUCUUAAUGAUUAACCUUUUUUUACAAGUUGGUUAUGCUGUUUUUAGCCCAUUUAUCCUUAUUAGCAGAUCAUGGAGGCUUCCUGACCUGCUGGGCUGGCACAGCUGCAAAACCAAAGUUACUUCUGCCGCCUCUAGGGGCCAACAUCUAUCCCGGACCUGGGUCGUGGGAUUUGAAAGCAACAAGCUUUCCCAAUGUUCACUUCUUUCUAGUUCUCUUUUCUUGUCCCGGAGAGAAACGGCUUUUGAGCAGACAGCUGGCGAGCGAACUCCCAGAGCUGCACGAAGGGCCUUGAUCUUCCUGCGCGGGGCUUCGGGGCCUGGCGGGAAUGCUCUGAGACGAGAGCGGCCUUCCGCGGCGGGGGAUUAG